GUGGGCUGGCAAGCCUGCUUGUCUACCUGAACUCGGAGGGACAACCAUCAGCUUCACCAAUCAAUCGCACGGCAAACGUGACUGAUGAUUUCGCGCACGCGACUGUGACCGGACCAAAUAAAGCCCAGCCUCAGACGGCCAUUAUCCCGGUGAAAGGUCUUAUGGCUGACACGGAAUAUGUAUUUGAGUGGUCUUCUGGCAAUGUUUUCGGUCUCAGCGCUAUGGUCCAAUUUACUCUGUGGACAACACGAUUAGAAAAUCCACCAGCAAUCA